GUGAAGACUAGGGUUUGCCGCCUUUGCUCCGGCCUCUCUCCCCUGCCGCCGCUUAGCCAUCGCCUUCAUCACUUCGUCGGCGGAGGAGGGGCGAGCUCGAGCCCUAGAUUCUUUGACCCCCUUGCUCGCUAUUUAUCAGCCUCCAAUGCCUGCCCUCAGGGUCUCGGAUCCUUUCUUUUCUUCCGGCUCUUUGGAGAUGAAGGAAGAGAAGAAGAUGAAGAAGAAGGUGGAAGGUCUUCCCGAAACCGUAGCUCCGUUGGAUAUGGCGGAUUUGGCGAAGAAGAAGAAGAAGAAGAACAAGGAGGAAGCUUUAGAACGUGAGGGCGGGGACUUGGAGACGAAGAAGAAAACGAAGAAGGAGAGCAAGAAGAGGAAGGUUGCUGAGGAGGACGACGACGGAGAGACGAGUACCGAUCGGGGAGAGGAUACGGUGGCUAGGAAGGAGCCGAAGAAGAUGAAACUCGGAGAGAGGAGUUCCAGCGAUGAGGAGAGCGAGGUGGUUGUGGACGGGGAUGGAGAGGAGGAUAACCCGAACGCAGUCUCGAAUUUCCGCAUCUCCUCUGCGUUGAGGGAGAGGCUCAAGUCCAAGGGAAUUGAGUCGCUUUUCCCCAUCCAGGCGAUGACCUUCGAUACCAUAUUUGACGGAUCGGAUUUGGUCGGUCGUGCCAAAACGGGGCAGGGGAAAACCUUAGCGUUUGUGUUGCCCAUCUUGGAGUCUUUAAUCAAUGGGCAAAACAAGGCAUCGAGGAAGACAGGGUAUGGAAGAUCGCCAAGCGUCUUGGUUCUUGCGCCGACAAGGGAGUUGGCGAAACAGGUACAUGCAGACUUUGAGUUUUAUGGUCAGGCUAUGGGUUUAAUGUCUUGUUGCCUGUAUGGAGGAUCUCCUUACCACCCUCAAGAAUUUGCACUUAAAAGAGGUGUUGACAUAGUUGUUGGAACCCCUGGGCGCAUGAAGGAUCACAUUGAGAGACAAAAUAUUGACUUGAGAUCACUAAAAUUCCGAGUUCUUGAUGAGGCUGAUGAGAUGUUGAACAUGGGGUUUGUUGACGAUGUGGAAAACAUUCUUGGAAAGGUUGAAGAUCUGAGCAAAGUACAAACCCUUCUUUUUAGUGCCACAAUGCCUGACUGGGUGAAGAAGAUUGCUUCUAGAUUUUUGAAACCAGACAAGCAGACAGCAGAUCUUGUUGGUGAUGAUAAGAUGAAGGCGAGUACAAAUGUUCGUCACAUAGUUCUCCCCUGCUUUCAUUCUGCACGUCAACAAAUUAUUCCUGAUAUUAUACGCUGUUAUAGCAGUGGAGGGCGUACUAUUGUCUUCACUGAGACAAAGAAUUCUGCGUCAGAGCUUGCUGGAUUGUUACCUGGGGCGAGGGCUCUCCAUGGUGAUAUACAACAAGCAACACGCGAAGUUACACUUGCUGGAUUCCGUUCAGGAAAAUUCAUGGUUCUUGUUGCAACAGAUGUGGCAGCUAGGGGCUUGGACAUCAAUGAUGUGCAGUUGAUUGUUCAGUGUGAACCACCCCGUGAUGUUGAAACUUAUAUUCAUCGAUCUGGACGGACUGGGAGAGCUGGGAAUACUGGAGUUGCUGUGAUGCUUUAUGACCGAAAAAAAUCUUAUAUGAUCCCUCAAAUAGAGAAAGUGGCUGGUGUGAACUUCGAGCGCAUUUCUGCUCCACAGCCGGCUGAUAUUGCUAAGGCCUCCGGUUCGGCAGCUGCUGAAACAGUCUCCAACAUCUCUGAUAGUGUAAUCCCAGUGUUUCAAGCAAACGCACAAGAGCUUUUGAAUAGCAGUGGUCUUUCUGCUGUGGACAUUGUUGCCAAAGCUUUGGCAAAGAUAGCUGGCUAUACUGAAAUAAAGAGCAGAUCCUUGCUAACUUGCCAGGAUAAUUACGUGACCAUGCUUCUUCAGGCUGGAAGAACCAUGUACACCCAUACUUAUGCAUACGGAAUCUUGAGGCGGUUUUUGCCGGAAGAGAAGGUUAUUGGGUUCAGAGGCCUCUCUCUCACUGCAGAUGGUCAGGGCGCUGUAUUUGACGUGCCGAAGGAAGACGUCGACUUGGUUUUAGCAGGUCAGGAGAAUGCGGAUAUGGUCUCCGUGGAGGUGCUGGAUACUUUGCCACCUCUUGAAGAUGCCGGCAGUAAAGGCCAAGGAAGAGGUGGAGAUGGAUGGCGAGGGAGAGGGCGGGACAGUUUUGGCGGCAGUGGCGGCGGCUUCUCCAAUCGUAGCAAUGGUGGUUUCUCCAGUCGUAGUGGUGGUGGUUUCUCUAGUCGUGGUGGAAGAGGUGGUGGUGGUUUCUCCAGCAGGAGUAACCGUGGGAGUGGUGGCUUUCAACGCCGGCCAGGAAGCGGUGGAGGCAGGGGUGGUUACGCCUCUCGCAGGUAGUUCACAGGUAGUUGAGAUAAGCUUUGGAGCUUUCGGUGUUGAGAUCUGGUUUAGUUUGCUGAGUGAUAGGUAGGUUAGACCGCUAUAUAAUUGCAUGGAGGCAACUCCCGCGGCGAUAUGUGUAAUGUGAUGAGGUGUUACUGUCAUCAUUAUUUUUAUUUUUUUGGGCUUUCUUUUGGCAAUAUUGAUUUUUUGGAGUAAUUCAUAUCCAAGGCAAAUUAUGUCUAAUUUUUGGUCACCCCUGAUGGGAUUUAGCUUUUUGCUAAAAUAGCGCUGGGAUACUUGUGUGGGCCUUUCUAAGAAUGAGGCGUACUUGUGUCUUUUUGUAAUAAGCUUUUUUUUCCAUGUUAUGAAGGCGGAACCGAAAGUUUGCAAA